AUGUUGCGCUCCUUGGCCAUCGCCACCCUCCUUCCUGCUUGCGCCGUUCUGGCGGCCAAGUGCGACCUCAACAACAAAUGUCCGCAGGAUUCUCCCUGCUGCUCCCAGUACGGCGAAUGCGGCAUUGGGGCCUACUGUCUUGGCGGCUGCGAUCCUCGCAUGUCGUACAACCUGUCGGCCUGUGUUCCCGCCCCCGUUUGCCAGGACCGAACGACCAAGUUUACCACGCUGGACAGCAUCGUCGACAUCAGCAGCUACUACGGCGAUGCCAGCAAGAAGGACUGGGUGGCGCAGGGGGAGCCGGCGCUCCUCGACGGCAACGUGCUGCUGACCAUGCCCAAGAACAGCGUCGGGACCGUCCUCGCCUCGACGACGUACAUGUGGUACGGCAACGUCAAGGCCCGGUUCAAGACGAGCCGCGGCGCGGGCGUCAUCACCGCCUUUAUCCUGCUCUCGGACGUCAAGGACGAGAUCGACUACGAGUUUGUCGGCGUCGAUCUCAAGACGGCCCAGACAAACUACUACUUCCAGGGCAUCACCAACUACCACAACUCGGGAAACAUAUCCCUGUCGGACACGUUUUACAACUACCACGACUACGAGAUUCGCUGGACGCCCGACAAGAUCGAGUGGCUCAUUGACGGCCAGGUCGGCCGCACCAAGCUGCGCUCCGACACGUGGAACGCGACGUCGCAGAACUGGAUGUACCCGCAGACGCCGGCUCGGGUCCAGCUGUCCAUCUGGCCAGGCGGCGCCGCCACGAAUGCCAAGGGCACCGUUGACUGGGCGGGCGGGCCCAUAGACUGGAACGCCCCCGAUAUCAAGAACGUCGGCUACUUUUACGCCACCUUUGCCGAGGUCAGCAUCCAGUGCUACAACGCCAAGUCGGGGCCCGGCACCAACAGCGGCAAGAGCUACACCUACAACAGCGUCACGACCACCAACAACACGGUGGUGGACGGCAACGGCGACACCGUUCUCGGAUCUUUUCAAGGCACCGGCUGGGACCUGAAGAAGGGCAGCAGCAGUAGCAGCAGCAGCAGCAGCGGCAACCAAGCGUCUGCCUCGCAGAGCGGCAGCUCGCCCGCAAACACGGCCGCCAUGAUUCCAGGCGGGGGAAACGGCGCUUCGGGCCAAGACCACGGCAGCAGCGGCAGCAGCAGCGGCAGCAGCAGCAGCAGCGGCGGCGGAAGCGGCGACGGCGGCAGCACCCCAGGUGGAUCGGGCGCAUCAAGCGGCUCCGGCUCGCCGUCGAAUAAUUGUCCCGUCGGCUCGUUCAGCCAGGACUGUAGCGGCGCGAGUAGCUCCAGCAGCAGCAGCAAGAAGAGCAGCGGCAGCAAGACGGGCUCGUGCGCGGGCGCGGGCGCAUUGGCCGUGAUGAUUGCUGGGCUGGUCUUGCACUGCUGCCUAUGA